GAAUGAGAAAAAGGAAACGGGCUUGCAUGUUUUGGCCCGAAAGCCUUCUGCAUUUAGUUGUCGAGGACCAAAUCAGCUCAUAAACUCACGUAAGAAUCCAACUUUGGCACUCCAACUUGUGAGGUGUCUCUGGGAAACCCUUCUUGAGCUUGAUUGCGAAGAGAUACAAAUGAAAAGAGUGAUAAGUGAACCAUCUCAAGUAAUAUUCAUAGCCGCAGAAGUUGGAAACUUUGAGGUUUUGGCUGAGCUAGUUAGAUCUUACCCGGAUCUCGCAUGGGAAGUUGAUGCAGAAAAUCGAAGCAUCAUUCACAUAGCUGUUUUACACCGCCAUGCAGCCAUAUUUAAUCUAAUAAAUGAAAUAAGAACUAUCAGGAAUUUUGUAGUAACAUACGAGGAUGAUGACCAAAACAAUUUACUGCAUUGUGCUGCAAAAUUAGCACCACCAAGCCAACUUAACUUGGUGUCUGGAGCUGCUUUUCAGAUGAUGCACGAGCUACGGUGGUAUGAGGAGGUGAAGAAGUACAUGCCACCUUGUUUCGUAGAGAAGAGAAACUCCAAUGGAAAAACACCCCGUGAACUAUUCACUGAAGAACACACAGAGUUACUGACAAAAGCAGAAAGUUGGAUGAAGAGCAUGGCAAAGUCUUGUAUGAUCGUUUCAACCCUCAUUGCCACAGAAGUGUUCACUGCAGCUUUCAGCAUUCCACAUGGCGAUGAUGACAAAAAUUGCAAUCCCAUUCGCAAUGCUAUCAUCUUCAUAAUAUUUGCAAUAUCAGAUGCAACUGCACUCGUAUCAUCUUCCAUCUCCAUUCUAAUUUUCUUGUCCAUGCUUGUCAUAGCACGUUAUGCAGAGGAUGAUUUCUUCAAGUCACUGCGUCUGAAGCUGAUAUAUGGAUUGGUGACACUGUUUAUCUCCAUAAUAAGCAUGAUGGUAGCAUUUAGUAGUGCCUUCUUCAUAACAUAUUCCAACAGCAUAAAAUGGGUGCCAAUUUUUGUUUCUGUGCUUGCCCUUGCACCAAUCACCUUAUUCACAUUUCUUUUGUUUCCGUUGUGGUCAGAUGUUGUCUACUCAGCCUACUUUUGUAGGUCUAUAUUUCGGCCAAGUAAACACGUUCUUUACUAUGUGGAUGGCUAA